AUGAAGGCCAAGAGCGAUUUCAGAGUUGUGAUCGGGGGCGGCAGCAUUACUGGCCUCACCCUGGCCAACAUGCUGCAGCUCUACGACAUCGACUUUGUCGUACUCGAGGCAUACGACGAUAUUGCUCCCCAGGUGGGCGCCAGCAUUGGUCUUCUGCCGCACGGGAACAGAAUCUUGGACCAGCUCGGGCUGUAUCAGAAGAUGUUGGAGCUGUGCCCGCCUCUGGACUCGUUCCACUUUCGCGAUCAGAGGGGCAAUAUCAUCGCCGAAUUCCGCGGCAUGAAUAGAUCUAUGCAUGAGAGGCACGGCUAUCCCAUCAUAUUUUUGGAUCGGCAAAUGGUCCUCCGUGUCCUCUACGAGAACAUACGGGACAAAUCCAAAAUUUUGACCAACAAACGGGUCCGGGAUGUGGACAUGUCGGAUGAUGGAGUUGCGGUCACGACGACCGACAACUCGGUCUACAGGGGUGACAUCCUGGUCGGGGCCGAUGGCAUCCACAGUCAGGUGAGAAAUGAAAUGUGGAGGAUCGCCAACAAGUCCUCUCCGGGCUGGAUUCCAUCCGACGAGCACGACUGUGUUCCCUGCGACUAUGGAUGUGUAUUUGGCAUAUCCAACCCCUGCAACGGGAUUGAGCCUGGCGCGUCCAACUCGGUGUUCAAGAAGCAUGAAUCCUACAUCAUCAACGGCGGCCCGGAAGGCCGUGUGUACUGGUUCUAUUUCUUCAAGUUGGCGCAGCGCGCCUACGGCAGCGACAUUCCAGUCUACACGGACGCGGACCGAGAUAAGGUGCUCGCGCUGCGAGAAAACGACGACAUCACGCCCAACCUGAAAUUCAAGGAGAUCCUGGCCCAGAGGAUCACGUCGGUCCUGGUGCCGCUCCAGGAGUACGUCUUUCGAAAAUGGUAUUUCAAGCGCAUCAUCACCAUCGGCGACGCCGCACACAAGUUCCAUCCCAUUGCCGGCCAUGGUGGUAACGCUUGUAUCGAAUCCGCGGCCACUUUGGUCAACGCACUGCGGGAUGAGCUGGCAAAAGCCCGACCCGGGAAGCCGACCCUGGCCCAGAUUGAACACGCCUUUGCCCAUACCGAAAGAGUCCGACAGGAGCGGACCGAGACACUCAAGUGCCAUUCUCACGAGCAGCAGAGAACCGAGCUCCUCGACACGCCUCUCCAUUCCUUCAUCGCCUUCCAUCUCCUGCCCUUGACAAAUGUCGAGGAUGUCACCUUCAACUUUUCCCGCAACAUGCCACUUGCGGAAAAGCUCAGCAGCCCCAAGAUGACCCCGGUCCCGAGACUCGUGCCCUACAAGGAUGAACUCCUCGGCACCCCGUUCCCCAGGGGAGCAAAGAAAUGGUACUUUAUCGCCUUCUACCUGCUUAUUGGCGCACUCGUGCAUUACGGCAUGUGGGUGCGGUCGGCGCAUUACGAUCUGGGAAGGCACUUUGGAAGCAUCCUGACGACAGGGCGGUUUUCGUACGAUCCCGGAUUCCCUCUCAAGCGCACAUAUACUCACAUCAAGCCCAUUGACGACUACCUGACGUUCCUCGCCGUGGCGUACAUGCCCGCUGUCAACAACUGGGACCUGAGCUUCGCGACAUUGCAUACGUACUUUCUCGGGAUGCUGGUUCAGCCCAUAGCGGUGUGGUCGGUCGAAGCGUACCGGAAGCGAAACGCGCUGACACCCAUCACAUUCAUCACAGUGUGGUUCACCCUGGUCCAGUACGCCGGCGUGGGAAUCUACAUGCCCAUCUACUAUGCCGCCUAUACGUAUAUCUCUGAGCCGGAAACGUACUGGUGGCCACUCAACCGAGAGGUCCCGAUUCAACAUGCGUCCUCGCUGAUGUGGGCAGUCUUGAUCGGUUAUGCCCUUCCAACCGUCCUCAUGUACGUGCCGUGGAAGGACCCCAGCACAAUUCAAAUCUUCGAGUCUCUUUGGCAGCCGUCCCCCGUGUUUGUACCGCUCAUCUGCGGUGUUCUGGGAUAUAUUUGUGUCAAGAGACACAACAUUGUCCAGGUCUCGCGGAAAGCCAACGAGCCGUUUCCGGACAUCCCGUACUUGAAGAGCCUUUACUUCGUCACGGGCGUGCUGGGCGCCGUGCUCCACGUCUAUUCUCUCAGCAAGAUUUUCUUCUCGCCGGACCUGAGCUUAGCAUCGGUCUUCUGGCCCGAUUUUUCUGCCCAGCCAAAGGACCUGACGGAGGGACUGAAGAGCCUGUUCUUGGCUGAUUUCUGGGGUUUCCAAAUCGCGUCGUAUGCUUGGCUUUGUAUGGCGGUCUGGGAUAUCAAGCGGAUGGGCCGCACCACCGUCGACUUCGGGGCGGCCUCGGCUCUCAUCGCCCUGGGCAGCCUCAUCAUCGGCCCCGGUGCCACCAUGUCGGCGGUGUGGUACUGGAGAGAGAUUGCCAUGUCCAAAACGACCUUUGCCACAGGUCUCAACUGA